AUGGCCUUAUCUUUAGUUCUUUUCUCAGCUUUAUUCAUAUUCGUAACAGUCGGCUCAACGUUAAUUGAUCCAGGUAAAUUAGUUUGCUAGAGAUUAUGAAUUGUGGUUUGUUUUAGGUAAUAACUUUGCCCUAGCAUGCAAAAUUUAUAAACUGAAAAUGUGUUAUAAAAAUUUUAUGUAAAAUUUAUUUUAGAUAAUAUUUUUACGGAAGGAGACAUUGGCUAUGAUUCUUUGGCAGUAAAUGCAAAGACAUCAUCGCUUUACGUCGGAGCAAAAGGACACAUCUUCAAGUUAUGGCUGUAUAACAUCAAUGACACAAACCUCGUAAGCAAAUUUUAUAUUUUUGGCCAAAAAGUUAUAUGAAAUUAAGGAAGGAGACAACAUGUUUACACAUAUUUACAUUUUUUACGUGUUGAAGAGUUAAUAUUUAACGUUAAAAUAAUAUUCUUCAACUAUCUACUACAAAAUAGUUAAAUGAGGUAAUUUCAGUCAGUGAAGAGGGUUUUGUCUUCGGAUGCCAACGAGUUGGAAGACUGUAUUAGAUCGUCGUUGGCGGAGCAGGAAUGUUAUGUUAGAGUGAGGAAACAGUUCGUCAAAUCCGAUGGUAAUCUAAUAGUAUGUGUCAGUAAUGCCAUGAAGCCAAUUCUUCAUCAAAUUGAUGGCAGUAGUUUAAAAGAUUUGGAGAAUCCCAGAAGCGCCAUUGGAAUCUGUAGUCCGCAUCCUGAAGUCAAUGCUACAGCUGUUUAUGUUGGUAGGUUUAUAAUAAUAUUGGCUAUGAUUACAAUAGACCAUUAAAAGUUAAUGUAAAGUUUUGAAAUUAUGUAAAUGAAAUAACGUUUUAACUAUUGGAGUGAUUUUCAGAAUACGGUAAUCCAGACGACGUACCAUCUAUUUACUCUGGUAUCAGGACUGGUCAGUCGUUGGAGAACCAUCUAAUCUACCGACCACCCCUUGUCUUUAACAACAAGGAGAUACAGCCUGCCUUGAGAAGUGUGUUCACGGAUUCAAAAUGGUUAAAUGGUACGUUUACUUUCUAUACUUUAAUUAAGUUUUAAUUUUUGAAAUUGGAAUGACGAUUUUAAAUUAUCUUUUUAUGCAAUCCACAGAAAUAUUUUUGUGGAUCAUACGUAUUAGUAAUGACAUAUCAUUCUCUUCCAGAUCCACAAUUCGUUGGUUCGUUUGCCGUGAACCAGUACGUUUACUUCUUCUUCCGAGAAGUUGCAGUAGAAACGGAAAACUGUGGUCACACCGUGUACUCUCGCGUAGCUCGUGUCUGCAAAGUAAUUUGUCAUUAUCAUAUUAUAUUAGUUUUUAGAAUGAUCUCGGAGGUAAGAACGUGCUACGACAAGUCUGGAGCUCUUUCGUCAAGGCUAGACUGAACUGUUCAGUGUCUGGUGCCAGUUUCAAUUUCUUAUGUGAGUCAACUUCAUUUUUAAACUUAAAAACUAUUAUUGUCUACAAGACUCAAGAGUCACUUUACGAAUAUCCUAAAACUAUACUAACUUACCAUAAUAUAGUUUUUGUAAAAAUGCGCAAUCCUAAGGUAUUUUUUUCAGACUCCGUCUCGAUGGUAGACAUGGGCAACGAUAUGUCGUUCUACGGAGUGUUUGGUUCAUCUGAAGGUAGUCGGCAGUCCUCAGCCGUCUGCCACUUCAGUCUCCGGUCCAUCAACCAUAUUUUCGACACUGGCCUCUUUCUGGAACAACCCUCAGUUCAAUCAGUUUGGUCGCCUACUCCCUUGGAGAAAAUACCUGCCUACAGGCCUGGAUCGUGCUAUUCAGAUUCUCGAAGUCUGCCAGACUCUGAGUUGCACUUUGCCAAGUCUCACUUACUGAUGGCAGAAUCUGUGAACACUGACGGAGAAGUGAAGGUUUUCGAUCAGGAGCCAUUGGGACAAAUCGUGGCUGAUCCUCGAGACAAUUCUGUAGUUUUGUUUGUACAUAAUUCAAGGUAGUGUUGGUGCUAUGAAGAAUAAGUGUUUAUUGCCAUUAUAAAAAGUUUUGUCAGUUUUAAUUCAAAUUACUUUGUUUCAGACAGAACGUUCUUCACAAACUCCUUCACUGGUACGACCAAAGACAAUUCCGUUUGUUGGCUAGCUACACUUUACCAUCGGAAAAGGUGAACAGCAUUGCCAUCCUACCCGGAGAGUACUUCUUUAUUUCGACCAGUCAGAACGUUGCUCAGUAUCGUUUAGGACAGUGUCCACAACACUUGACAUGUUAUCCAUGUUCAUCAGACCCCUAUUGCUCGUGGAAUAUUGCCAGAAGCGAGUGUUUCUCGAGAGACGCAGUCCAUUCUACAGCUGUCGGAUGGAUAACUGAUAUCAGCAAUGCUGAUAAGUGCAGGAAUUAUGUCAGAAGCGAGACAAUGAAGGUCUUCCCAGGGGAUUCUGUCCAUCUCAAGUGUGGAGAUCAAGCGGAUUCUAUCUGGGAAGUGGACAAGGUCAAGAUCACGUCUGAUUCUGAUAACAUUGUCAGGACAUCAGCUGGUGGUUUAGUCAUUUUAAAUGUACGUCUUUAAAUUUAACGGUGUCUUUAAAAACCAACUACAAUAUACUUAUAAAACAUCCAAAACAGUUUAAUAAUUUGAAUAUUUUAGGCUACAAGGAGUGUCAGUGGAACUUAUCAGUGUUCCUUUGACGGAAUGCCUCUACUUGAAUAUGUGGUUUUGGUUGAUGACGGUUAGUUUAAACUUUGACAUUUACCGUAAUUUCCUUUUUUAUUUUACCUUUGGGCAUUAUAACAAGAUUUAGAAUAAAGAGUAAUCAAAAUUGUGAUGUUUUAGCCGAUUGCGCACAGCCGAAGACAGUCGCCCAGUUUCAAGCAGUUCAAAGAGAAUGGUGCAAGAAGUUGGAGCAUUACAAGACCAAUGUCAGCAAAUGGCAACGGAUUUACAACGAAAAUGUAAGGUUUUAAAGUAGUUUUUAUAAUGACUGAUUAUGACUUUCUUCGACUACUGCUACCGAGCAACCAGUCGUAAAGUUAAUAAUAGAAAUGACGCCUUCAGGGUGAAUGUCCGCGAAUCCCUCCAGAAAUUACCUCAAAACACAAAAAGAUUGCCUUACAAUGA